AGGAUUCCUUCCUGUUCAAACUUCCUGAUUCACCGCUGCGGCUCCUCUGAAGAGUUUUCCCAGAUUCAUGAUGAAAUAAGUUUCAACAGAAGAAACCAACUGUAUUUCAUGGAACAAACUUUAAGACAGCCAACAGACACACUUCGGACUCUAUGAUUCGACCAAAAACAACGACAUUAAUUAAUCCACCGCCAAAUCCUGAAACAUGGAGGACCCAAACAUACAGCGUAAGAUGUCAACAGCAGGAGAAAGCCUGUACAAAGUCCUGGGCCUGGAGAAAGGAGCAUCUCCAGAAGAAAUAAAAAAGGCAUACAGGAAACUGGCAUUGAGGCAUCAUCCUGAUAAAAACCCAGACAACCCAGAAGCUGCUGAGAAAUUCAAAGUGAUCAACAACGCCAACUCCAUCCUCAGUGAUGAGAACAAACGGAAGAUCUACAACGAGUAUGGAUCCAUGGGGCUCUACAUGUCGGAGCAGUUUGGUAACGAUGACGCCAGAGUAUACGCCCUCAUGUCCAAGUGCUGGUUCAAGGCACUUCUUGUGUGCUGCAGUAUUUUCACCUGCUGCUGCUGUUUCUGCUGCUGCUGUUUCUGCUGUGGAGCGUGCGCAACGUCAAAAGAAGGACAAGAUUUCACUCAUAUGGACCCCGAGGACCUAGAGGCAGAGAUCAGAGAACAGGAUGCAGCAGGAGACGAUGUAAUAAUUAUUCAGCCAAGCGCUAGUGCCGCCACUGACAUAUCAGGUAAAAAUGUACCAAUUGUGGUUCAGCCAGCCAGCAGCACCUCCGAGCGGGCUCAGUCGGCUGAGGAAUGAGUGAGUGGAGAAUUUCAGAGUCUGGGCUGCGUUUCAUCAUCAGAAGAUGUAUUGAUCAUUUUCAAAGUGGCUGAUGAUGAGUAUAAAUGUUGAAUGUACUUGUUUUUCUCAGAGAAUGUCGUUGAAACAGAAAAUGUAUUCAUCUCAGAGGCUAAUUUGUUUAAAUGAAUCAAGCAGCGAUUUGAUUGUGCCAUAGUGUCAAUGGGUUUGUCUGUGAACCAUUUUCAUAUUUAUUUAUUUUUUUUACUUUUAUUUUUGAAUAUUGGGCAGUAUUUGGACUGCAGUGACAAAGCUCUGGAAUAAUUCUUUUUUACGUGCACUUUAAUAAUUAAACUUAAUAUUUAAAAUAAUACAGCUGCCGCUCUGGUCUGAGAAAAUGUCUGCUCAAGGUGGCUUUUGGGUCAGAAAUGUUUUAAAUAUUUUUUUAAUGGAUAUUUAGAUGCCAACCACUUGAGCCGCGUUUCGACCAAAAGUACCCGGGAUUUUUAAGGCACCAGAUCUCUUUUCAAGGAACUAAAAAGUUCAUUCAGCCCACUGUUUUGUGCGUUUCCACUGUGGUCUAAAGACCUGCGAAGAUUAGGCAAAUUAACCAAUGACAUAGGCUGUAGGCCCACACGCCGUACAAAGCGAUGCACAGGCAUCAUUGUUUGUAACCAAUAUCCAUGAGCAAAAUUUAUAAAUGAACAUCAGAUUUGAUUGGAAUAUAAUGAAAAACUAUAGGCUAUGCGUGACCAUUAGAACAGCUUUUUUGUGUGGGAGUAUAAUGGAGAGACAUACGAUAAAGUUUGUUACACAUUUAAUAACAAACUGGAUAAAGCCAUAAAGUUCUUAAAAUAACUCCAGCACAGAGAAAGCAACACAAAAAUAAAAUCGCGAGGUUAUUUAAACAUUUCCAGCCGACAAGAGCUGCAGAUCAUCUGCUGCACUCAUCUGUGUGUGCCUGCCAGAGGAACGGGAUUUUUAAGGAGAUUCAUUAUCUGCCGUAAUCGUAAAUUUAGACCCUGGUCCCUUCGGUGGAAAAGCAGCGAGUUCCUCCAAAGGUUCCUAGUCCUGGCAUUCCUUUGGUCGAAACACAGCUUUGGAGACUUACAAGGUGUUUACUCAUUGUGCACAUAGAUACAUAUUGUAGAAGCAAAAUAAAGGCAUUAAAUCAAUUAAUUGAUGUAGAUUUCCGUUCAUAUUCCUCAUGUAAAGUAUGUUGUGACAUAAUAUGUUUUUUAAAUGUUUGGAUGUCAACUGUGUCCACUGUUGCAUAUUUGGCUGAAAGCCUGUAAAUAGCCCAAUGAGAAUGAAUAAAGUAACAAUGGCAUAACAGGAAUAAUUCAA